ACCAACGGUAAGUAUGUAAUUUUCACUACACCUUAUAAAACAAAGUCCCCCGCCGCGACUGUCUGUUCGUGGGUUUGAAUGUAUCUUUGCGAUAAACAAACUACUGGACGGUUUCAGUUCGAUUUUCAUGUAUCAAUAGAGUGAUUCUUGAGGAAGGUUUACGUAUAUAAUUUGUUGACUAUAGUUCGUUUUUUUUAGCAUUAGAAAGAACUUGCAAGAAGGUAAGCGAUUUUGACAUGUCUUUUAAUUGAAAAACGCUUUUUAAAAUUCAAAAACUAUUACUGAUGAAAGCAGAAGAAUAUAAAUGAUCGUAUUAGAUUCAUAAUUGUUACAUAUUUGCCGUAACUUAUUUUUAAAAUGUGUUUUUCAAUUAAAAGACACAUCAAGAUUGUUUACCUAAUUUCUAAUGCUAAAAAAAACGAACUAUAGUGCGAAGCCGGUCGCUAGUUAUUUAAUAAAAUAUUAUAUUGUGAUUUUUAUAUUUUUCUUAUAAAAUUCACAAUUUCACUUCAACAAUUCUUCAUUUUUCUAUUAAUUCUCAGACUCCGGCACGGUUAGAAAGUUGGAAAAAGUCGUUAGGAAUUGCAUUAAAAGCAAAUGAUUAUAUUUGCCAUCUUCAUUUUAAAGAAGAAAAUAUAAAUAUGUACGAAAAGUUAACUAUUAAAGGAGAGCUCAAAUAUAUUCCUACACAAAGAAAAACGCUUAAGGAAGAAGCUGUGCCCACGAUCGAGCAUCAGUUUAUUCCCAUUCCCGAACAUGAACUCCAAGCCAAUACUAUUCACAUAGAGGAAUCUUUCGAACCAUACCCCAAUCAACCUAAGGACGAGCAGCAACAACAAAUCAAUGCCGAGCAACAGGAAUUAUCAGAAGAUCAAAAUGAUUCUAAUAAUUUAAUGGAUUAUGAAAUGAUACAACAGGACUUUGCGGAACCAUUGUUUAGUCAAUAUCAGGAUACUAAUGUAACAAUUAAUCCAAUAGAGAAUUUUAAAAGUAAGUUUCGGGCAUUUUCGUUGUUGCCGCCUUUUUGGCUACAUGCAGAAAAUCCUAAUGGGCUGGAAUUUAUGCGAAUGGAUCCAAAAACUCAGAAGAUUAAACAUCAUAUACGUUUAAACGAUGAUCUAACUGUCACUGUAAUUUUUCCCAAUAAUGAACAAUUGCCACUAAAGGAGAAAAUUAAUUCAUAUAACAACACCUACGAUUACUUAAAAUCGGUUGAAAGAUGGCCUUUGUGCGUUGGUACUCAGAUUGACGACAAUAAGUAAGUUUUGGUAGAUUGUUAACCAAGGGAUGAACGCAGUGAGAGUAUAGUCCGAGGCUAAAAUGAUGCCAUUCACCCGAGUUAAACACUCUACUUUUCAUUUCGAAUACGAGGAACCUAGCCCCAAAGCUUGUACUAUGGGUGUAGGCGAUAAUACAACUGUUUGCAGUCGUCUUAUGAAUAUAUAUACCAUAAUGUAACAGUUGUAUUUAAAAUAAAAGGAUAACUCGUAAGCCUAAUAACUUUGAUUUUAUUUAACAUUUUUGUCAUUAAAAAUAUUGUAUGUAACGGUACAUUAAAUAGGUCUUAAUUCUUGAACCUAUCCUAUUAAAACUCGACUUUUAUGUGUAUUUUAAGAACCCUUAUUAUGUAGGUACCUGUAGAUUAAAGCACUAUUUAUACAUAAACAAUGGUACAGGAGAAUAAUAAAAGAUAAAAACGAAUUUAUCUAAUAUAUAAUUACAUCAAUUUUCAGAUUUUGUAAAGGUGUGAUUAUUGGUGAUGAUACUUACGAAAGAAAUCAACAGUACCCAAGAUGUAAAUCUUGUCGAAUAUUACGAAAUCGUUUGCAGAACCGUAAUUCCACUUCAACUCUAUUACAAAAAAUGGCAGAAGCUAAACGGCGCGCUUCAAAUCUUGUACAUAAAUGCAAGCGUCUGAAGAGGACGGUAAGUCUUAUGCCGGCUACAUACGUAACGAUAAAUCGUUGCGAUAAAACUGUGCAGUCCGACUGUGCAGAUAAAUCGAACCGUGUGUAUGACAAAUCGUUACGAUAAUCGACAAUCGGACAAUCGGACUGCACAGUUUUAUCGCAACGAUUUAUCGUUACGUAUGUAGCCGGCAUUAAAGCCGUAACAGACUACCGCACCGCGCCACGACCUUGAUGGUGCGGUUAAAAUAUCUCUUUCACG